AUGCAGCUCCCACCGCUGGACGUGAUUCUAUCAUGGCCGACACCAAACUAUGUUGAUCCCGAGACGCGUGGCCCAGCACUCAUCAUUGUCAACGCAAUCUUCAUGACACUAGCCACACUAACAGUGUGUGCGCGUUUGUAUACACGCUUGGUUGUCAAGAGAUGGUUCGGCAUAGACGAUGUGUUCAUUCUGCUCGCUCUGCUUUUUACAGUAGGUCUGACUGCAGUUGUUCUCCUGGCAAACGAGAGAUAUGGAUGGGACAGGUGGUUCAAGUGGCUGGUUCACGUUAAUGUCGCAUAUACCGUUUCCUCUUUCAUCGCGUUAACUGUCAUGGCGAUAUUUUUCUGCACUCCCGUGGAAAACUACUGGACCAUCGACGCGCCAGCGGACUCAUGCAUGGACGAGGCUGUUUUGACAAUGAUAUGCGGAGUCAUCAACUCCGUUGCGGAUCUCCUCACUACAUUAACGCCAAUGCCUUUGGUAUUCAGACUACAAAUGCCUCUUAAUCAGCGGCUCGCUGUAGCUAUGCUGUUUGGUAUGGGCUUUAUCGUCACCGCUGCUGGUAUUGUUCGAACUUGGUUUAUCUAUCGGAGUCUCUUCAACGAAUGGGACCAGACUUGGUUCACAUAUCCCUUGUGGAUUUCAGCUGCCGUGGAGAUAGACCUAGGGGUAAUAUGCGCCUCGACCCCUGUACUAAAGCCACUGUUUGCGAAGAUACCCUUCAGUCUGUCCGGAUCACUCCAAAGCGGCAUAUCCGUCAAAAGAUCAGCCGGCAACACCACGCAAACGUUGACGCCGAGCGCAUCAACAGCGUAUCUAUCGCGACGGAAGUCCGAACCUCCCCUAGGCGCACCAGAGCUCGCAAGUGACAAUGGUCAAAGUUAUGAGAUGAAGCACUGGGCGGAUGCGGAAGCAGGAUUGAUGCGGGACGAUUCGGAACGGGGGAGCGAGGGCGGAAUCCUGGAUGAGGAGCCACAGCCCAAGAAGAAAACCAACCGACUGUUCGACAAAUUUCGCGCGAAGAGCACGUGGUGGAUGCUCUUUUUGGAGAGCCUUCCGCUCCCAUCCUGCUACCCCGCAUACUCUAUCUACCUUCCACUUCAGGUGCCAAACAACGUCAAUAUAUUCACUUCGGCAAAACUGCAAAAGAAAGCUCUCGGUCAUCCUGCAAGGUACCAGGCAUGCGUGGCGUUCUCGUGGUAA